ACAUUCAAGGUGUAAUAUGCGCGACAUUUUAAGGAGUCUUUAAGAUGGUGUUGUGUGUAUAGUUUAAAACUUUCCUAACGUAUAUAAUUCUCAUUAGUGAUGUCUAGACGUUUUAAAAAGGAGAAAACUGGAGAAUUUUGUAAUCAAAGUGGAUCAAGUAUAAAUCAUUCAAAUUUUCUUCAUUCUGAUCAACAUUGGGAUUCAACAACCCAAUUGAAUAUGCAACGAAAUGAUGUUAAUAUCAGAGAACAGCAUCCGUAUGCACCACCCACCUGUUUACAUUUACCUCCUUCUUAUAUCUCUCAUAUGAAUUGUUCAUCUAAUGUAAACAGCAAUAGUGAUAGUAAUAAUAAUAAUAACAAUAAUAAUAAUAAUAGUGCUAAUAGUGAAAAGCAUGGAUCACAAAGUUUUGUAGAAAAGUUAAUUUUCCGUAUUAUUAAGUGUUUUGAAAAGAAAUCCGAUAAUACAACAAAUGAAUGCACUAAUGAAGAUUAUGUUCAUAGUGAUGCUUUGCUUGAAGAACAUCCUCUUCUUUCCAAUAGAGAUGACUACAACAGUAGUCAUAUUUUUCCGUGUGCUAAUGUACUAACUUCUACAGGACAAGAUAUCGCAACGUCUACAACUUCUGCGUCUAUUAAUCCAAAUGAAGUUGAAGAUUGGAUGCGUCGUCGAUUAUACUAUCAUUUUAUGACACCGAUUGGAAAAUUUCAGGCGAAAAGACGUAUUCCAUUCAAAUUGUUUAUUCAAAUAUUCAAGGUAUUGUUAGUUACUAUUCAGUUAAUUCAAUUUGGAUUUAAUCGUGCAGCUCAUGUUUCUUUCGGUGAUUUAUCUCAUAAAGCAUUCUGUCAUCUAUAUCUACAUAAAUGGGAUUCUCAAUAUGAGACAUUAGACUAUCCUCCAGCAACUGGUGUUUAUGCUGUUUAUACAAUUGAUGCCUUCUAUGAGCAUAUUGGUUUCGCAAUUACUCAAUUCAAUAAGACAAAAGAAUUAGCUAUCGGUGGAUAUCUAUUCGAUUCAGAGUAUCCAACAAUGAAGUUAUGUAUGCGAUAUAUAUCACCGCCUUUAGAGAAUGAAAAGAGUAUUUUUAGACUAGCUAUACAUGAAGUAGAAAAAUGCGUGUCUAUUGAACCUGCUAAGAUUGAUAGUGAAAAAUUGAAAGAUGUUGAUUCCAUCAAAGUGUUUCUACGAAGUUAUGAGUUGAAUAUCAAUUUUGAUCAUUUAGUGGGAUUCGAUAUUUAUUUCAAUCUAUUAUCACCUCCAAUUUAUCAUAUGGAUUGGACACAAACUAUUGAAUGUUAUCGAUUUAUGAUCAAGAUAUCUUUAGAAAAUCCUUCACAAUCUGGUCAAAUGAAAAUUCGUCUACAUGCACCGUAUGCAUCAACACCAUGUAUUGAUAUACCAAAACAGGUGAAUAAUGCCUCAAACUUAUCAACAUAUUCACAAGUAUUAUCUAUACCUUUAUCAACAACAUUAUUGUCUACACUACCACCAGAGACAACAUCAUCAUCUGAAGAUGGUCCACAUAGGAAUAAAAAACAAAGGAUACUUGUUCAAUUUUGGAAUCAAUUUAACACUACAUCAAAGAUAUCAAUUGAAACAAAUUAUAUUCUACCACGUGGUAUAUUAGUCAUUAUAAUUGAUAGUUGUACAUUAAUAUUGGGUAUUAUCUCGUGUAUUCUAUGCAUUCGAUCUAUAAUUCAAGGAUUUCAUAUGUGGCUUGAAACUGUUAGAUUUUUUAAGCAUUGGUUUGGUAUACAAUUAGAUGGUGUAUUCUGGGAAUUUAUUCGUCCUUGGAUUCUGUUUAUUAUUAUCAAUGAUAUGAUUAUUAUUACAACAUCAGUAUAUGCAUUGAGUACAUUGAAUCGUAUGCAUGUGAAAUAUGAGCCAUUGACGUAUUUAAUGGGGGUUGGUGCCUUACUGGUAUGGAUUGGUAUACUCUACUAUGUUGGAUUCUCAUAUGACAAUAGUCUUCUUAUUCGAACUAUCUCACGAUCAAUUCCUGGCCUAUUACGUUUCUGUGUUUGUGCUCUCAUUCUAUUCUUUGCUUUCAGUCUAUGCGGUUGGGUUGUUCUUGGUCCAUAUAAUAUUAAAUUUCGUACAUUUAUGUCAACUGUUGAAUGUUUAUAUAGCCUAAUUAAUGGAGAUGAUAUGUUUGUUACAUUCACUAUAAUUAAUGAAAAUGAUCCAAUGGGGAUAUAUUUAUUCAGUCGUCUAUUUCUUUAUCUAUUUAUUACAUUAUUUAUUUAUGUUGUAUUAAAUCUAUUUGUAACAAUUAUAUUCGAAGCAUAUGAAGAGGUAAAGGAUAUGCAAAAUUCUCAUGGACGUCCAAAUGAUUCACCAUUAUGGCAUUUUGUAUGUCAACAUAAUUAUAGCCCAAAAUCACCAAUAUUUAAAGCAGAUGAAAUACGUCCUGAUAGACAUUUACUACAAGAACAUGCACAAGGUAGUAAAAGAAGAAAAGGAAGAUCAUCAUCAUCAGAUUGUUUUAAUUCUAUGCCAAUAACAUCUAUUCGAGCUUUAUUAAAAUUUCAAUCUAUAAUAAAAUGUCAACAACGACAAUUUACUGAAAAUGAAAGAAGUUAUCAACAAUUAUUACAUCAUUAUGGACAACAAUUAAAUGAAAAUAAUCAACAAUGUUGUGAACAGUUUCAAUCAUCAGAAGUAAAUCAUACUAUUCUUGAAAAUGAUAUCAUCUAUGAGAAAUCAUUAUUGAUUAAUCAAAUCGAUUCUAAUAAUCAUCAUAUAGAUAAUCAAGUUAUUGAUGGUACAAAUAAUAUCACUUGUGUACCAGGAGGAUCAACUACACUGAAGAAGGAUGAUAUUUCUCCAUUGAGUAAUAAUAAUACUUAUGAUGAUAAUAAUUAUAAAUCAAUAAAUGUAUGAAUUAUGUCAGGGUUUUUUUCAAAUUUAUACCAUUUCAGAUUAUUUUCAUUCAUUUUUCACUGUUACUUGCACAGAAGUUUACGGAAUCACCAACAAUUUCGUAUAUAUUUUCUACAUAAUCAUUCAUCAGAUCUCCACAGCAUAUUCCACACAGCUACUAUUACUACUAUGGUUAUUGUUGCUGGUGGUGGUGAUGAUGGUGCUGGUUCUCUGUGUUUUCCGACUUCCAGUCAAUUAAUUAUUAUUUUUACAACUUGUUUGCCUGUUGUUGAAAAAUAACUGCAAACAAACUAUUGUCGUAGUUUGUCUUGGCUUUUCUUUUACAUAGACACACUUCUUAUUAUUUUCUUUUCCCUUCCCUGUAUACAUAUAUAAUAAAUUCAAUAGAAGUCGACAGAGGGGA